AUGGUGCGCCCUGCGGUCCCCGCAGGUGGCAAGCACAGUGAGCGACAUCCAGCCCUUCCUGCUCCACUGCGACAUGCUGAGCGCAGCCCCGGAGGCGCUCUCCCACCCAGACAUCUCCUUCAGCAACCAGCUGCAGAGCGGGCCACUACUCAUCGUGGACAAGGGCCCCGUGGAGCUACCAGAGGAGGUCGCGGUCCAGGUGCCCAAGGAGCCCAGAGUGCAGCCCAAGCUUUCAGCCGUGCCCCAAUUCCGAUGGCUGUGGUCCGCAGAGAGCUCUCCUGUGAGAGCUACCCCAUAGAGCUCCGCUGUCCAGGAACAGAUGUCAUCAUGAUAGAAAGUGCCAACUAUGGAAGGACUGAUGACAAAAUUUGUGACUCUGACCCUGCUCAGAUGGAGAACAUACGAUGCUAUCUGCCAGAUGCCUAUAAGAUUAUGUCUCAAAGGUGCAAUAACAGAACGCAGUGUGCAGUGGUGGCAGGUCCUGAUGUUUUUCCAGACCCGUGUCCAGGAACCUAUAAAUACCUGGAAGUGCAGUACGAAUGUGUCCCUUACAAAGUGGAACAAAAAGUUUUUCUUUGUCCUGGACUACUGAAAGGAGUAUACCAGAGUGAACACUUGUUUGAAUCCGACCACCAGUCUGGGGCAUGGUGCAAAGACCCUCUGCAGGCUUCUGACAAGAUUUAUUAUAUGCCCUGGACGCCCUACAGAACCGACACCCUCACUGAGUACUCCUCCAAGGACGACUUCAUCGCCGGAAGACCUACUACAACCUACAAGCUCCCACACAGGGUGGAUGGCACAGGGUUUGUAGUGUAUGACGGAGCUCUGUUUUUCAACAAAGAGCGCACCAGGAACAUAGUAAAGUUUGAUUUGCGGACUAGGAUAAAGAGCGGAGAGGCGAUCAUAGCAAACGCCAAUUACCACGAUACCUCCCCUUACCGAUGGGGAGGCAAAUCUGACAUAGACCUGGCAGUGGAUGAAAAUGGGCUCUGGGUGAUCUAUGCAACAGAACAAAAUAAUGGUAAAAUUGUCAUUAGUCAAUUGAACCCUUAUACCCUACGGAUUGAAGGGACAUGGGAUACUGCGUACGAUAAAAGAUCCGCUUCCAACGCGUUUAUGAUUUGCGGGAUUCUGUAUGUGGUCAGAUCGGUCUACGAGGAUGACGACAAUGAGGCCACAGGGAAUAAGAUUGACUACAUUUACAACACCGACCAGAGUAAAGAUAGUUUGGUGGACGUCCCCUUUCCCAAUUCAUACCAGUACAUAGCAGCUGUGGAUUACAACCCCAGAGACAACCUUCUUUACGUAUGGAAUAACUAUCACGUUGUGAAAUAUUCCUUGGAUUUUGGACCUCUGGAUGGUAGAUCAGGGCAGGCGCAUCAUGGGCAGGUGUCCUACAUCUCUCCACCAAUUCACCUUGACUCUGAGCUAGAAAGACCUCCUGUUAGAGAAAUGUCUACCACAGGAUCUCUUGGCAUGGGAAGCACCACCACCAGCACCACCCUGCGGACCACAACUUGGAGCCCAGGCAGGAGUACCACCCCAUCCGUGUCCGGAAGACGAAACCGGAGUACCAGCACCCCAUCUCCAGCUGUGGAGGUGCUUGAUGACAUGACCACACAUCUGCCAUCAGCCUCGUCCCAAAUCCCAGCUCUGGAAGAGAGCUGUGAAGCUGUGGAAGCUCGAGAAAUCAUGUGGUUUAAGACCCGUCAAGGACAGAUGGCCAAGCAGCCUUGCCCUGCAGGAACGAUUGGAGUAUCAACUUAUCUCUGCCUGGCUCCUGAUGGAAUCUGGGAUCCCCAAGGACCAGAUCUUAGCAACUGUUCUUCUCCUUGGGUCAACCAUAUAACACAAAAGUUGAAAUCUGGUGAGACAGCUGCCAACAUUGCUAGAGAGCUGGCUGAACAGACAAGAAGUCAUCUGAAUGCUGGGGACGUCACCUACUCAGUGCGCGCCAUGGACCAGCUGGUAGGCCUCCUAGAUGUUCAACUCCGGAACUUGACCCCAGGUGGAAAAGACAGUGCUGCACGGAGUUUGAACAAGCUUCAGAAAAGAGAGCGCUCUUGCAGAGCCUAUGUCCAGGCGAUGGUCGAGACAGUUAACAACCUUCUCCAGCCACAAGCCUCAAAUGCGUGGAGAGACCUGACUACAAGCGAUCAGCUACGGGCAGCGACCAUGUUGCUUGACACUGUGGAGGAAAGUGCUUUUGUCCUGGCUGAUAACCUUUUGAAGACUGACAUUGUCAGGGAGAACACAGACAAUAUUCAGUUGGAAGUUGCAAGGCUGAGCACGGAAGGAAACUUAGAAGACCUAAAAUUUCCAGAAAACAUGGGUCACGGAAGCACUAUCCAGCUCUCCGCAAAUACUUUAAAACAAAAUGGUCGAAACGGAGAGAUCAGAGUGGCCUUUGUCCUGUACAACAACUUGGGUCCUUAUUUGUCCACGGAGAAUGCCAGCAUGAAGUUGGGAACAGAGGCUAUGUCCACCAAUCAUUCUGUUAUUGUCAAUUCCCCUGUUAUUACAGCAGCAAUAAACAAAGAGUUCAGCAAUAAGGUUUAUUUAGCUGAUCCUGUGGUGUUCACUGUUAAACAUAUUAAGCAGUCCGAGGAGAAUUUCAACCCUAACUGUUCAUUUUGGAGCUAUUCCAAGCGCACAAUGACAGGUUAUUGGUCAACACAAGGCUGCCGGCUUCUGACAACAAAUAAGACACAUACUACGUGCUCUUGUAAUCACCUAACCAAUUUUGCAGUACUGAUGGCACACGUGGAAGUAAAGCACAGUGAUGCGGUCCAUGACCUUCUUCUGGAUGUGAUCACGUGGGUUGGAAUUUUGCUGUCCCUUGUUUGUCUCCUGAUUUGCAUCUUCACAUUUUGCUUUUUCCGCGGGCUCCAGAGUGACCGCAAUACCAUCCACAAGAACCUCUGCAUCAGCCUUUUUGUAGCUGAACUUCUCUUCCUGAUUGGGAUCAACCGAACCGACCAACCCAUUGCCUGUGCCGUUUUCGCUGCCCUCUUACAUUUCUUCUUCCUGGCCGCCUUCACCUGGAUGUUCCUGGAGGGAGUGCAGCUCUACAUCAUGCUGGUGGAGGUUUUCGAGAGUGAGCACUCACGGAGGAAAUAUUUCUACCUGGUCGGCUACGGGAUGCCGGCGCUCAUCGUGGCUGUGUCAGCAGCGGUGGACUAUAGGAGUUACGGAACAGAUAAAGUAUGUUGGCUCCGACUUGACACCUACUUCAUUUGGAGCUUUAUAGGACCAGCGACCUUGAUAAUAAUGCUUAAUGUCAUCUUCCUUGGGAUUGCUCUCUAUAAAAUGUUCCAUCAUACGGCCAUUCUGAAGCCUGAAUCGGGCUGCCUUGAUAAUAUCAACUAUGAGGAUAACAGACCCUUCAUCAAGUCAUGGGUUAUAGGUGCAAUAGCUCUUCUCUGCCUAUUAGGAUUGACCUGGGCCUUCGGACUCAUGUAUAUUAAUGAAAGCACAGUCAUCAUGGCGUAUCUCUUCACUAUAUUCAAUUCUCUACAGGGAAUGUUUAUAUUCAUUUUCCAUUGUGUCCUACAAAAGAAGGUACGAAAAGAGUAUGGGAAAUGCCUGCGAACGCAUUGUUGUAGCGGCAAAAGUACAGAGAGUUCCAUUGGCUCAGGGAAAACAUCUGGUUCUCGAACUCCUGGACGCUACUCCACAGGCUCACAGAGCCGAAUUCGUAGAAUGUGGAAUGACACGGUCCGAAAGCAGUCAGAGUCUUCCUUCAUUACUGGAGAUAUAAACAGUUCAGCGUCACUCAACAGAGGAGCCAUGGCUAAUCAUCUUAUAAGCAAUGCUCUGCUUCGUCCGCAUGGUACUAACAAUCCCUAUAAUACAUUGCUUGGGGAACCGGCGGUCUGUAACAACCCUUCUGUCAGCAUGUACAACGCACAAGAGCCCUACAGAGAGACAAAGGGGCUUCUGAACAAUGCCAGGGAUACAAGUGUCAUGGAUACUCUACCACUGAAUGGUAACCAUGGCAAUAGUUACAGCAUUGCCAGUGGUGAGUACCUGAGCAACUGUGUGCAAAUCAUAGACCGUGGCUAUAACCACAACGAGACCGCCCUAGAGAAAAAGAUUCUGAAGGAACUCACUUCCAACUAUAUCCCAUCUUACCUGAACAACCACGAGCGCUCCAGUGAACAGAACAGGAAUCUGAUGAACAAGCUGGUGAAUAACCUUGGCAGCGGGAGUGAAGAUGAUGCCAUUGUCCUGGAUGACGCCACCUCCUUUAACCAUGAGGAGAGUUUGGGCCUGGAACUCAUUCAUGAGGAAUCUGAUGCUCCUUUGCUUCCCCCAAGAGUUUACUCUGCAGAGAACCACCAGCCACACCAUUACACCAGAAGGCGGCUCCCCCAAGACCACAGUGAGAGCUUUUUCCCUUUGCUAACCAACGAGCACACAGAAGAUCUCCAGUCACCCCAUAGGGACUCUCUGUACACCAGCAUGCCGGCACUGGCUGGUGUGCCUGCCGCGGAGAGUGUUACCACCAGCACCCAGACCGAACCCCCACCGGCCAAAUGUGGUGAUGCCGAAGAUGUUUACUACAAAAGCAUGCCAAACCUAGGCUCCAGAAACCACGUCCAUCAGCUGCACACCUACUACCAGCUAGGGCGUGGUAGCAGUGAUGGAUUUAUAGUUCCUCCAAACAAAGAUGGGACCCCUCCAGAGGGCAGUUCAAAAGGACCAGCUCAUUUGGUCACUAGUCUAUAGAAGAUGACACAGAAAUUGAAACCAACAAAACUGCUAACACCUGGUGGACUGUUCUGAGUUGAUAUAAGCAGUGGUAAUAAUGUGUGUACUCCUAAAUCUUUAUGCUGUUCUUGAAAGACAAACACAGACUUUCAGACUUUUUUU